CAUUGGCAGCUGUGAUAGUGUAUAUGCAUCAGAUACAUGAUUUUCCUAAAUCCACUUGGUCAGAUCAGUCAGUACAAAUAAAUGCUAUUUUAGACAUAGGCCUAACAGUUUACAUUCAAUAUUUCAAUUAAAAGUUAGAUUUAUUUAGCUCGUUAAUUUGUAAGGAACCAGUCAUGUUUUUCUCCCCAAGCGUUUUGAAUCGUCACACAGGGUGCUUCUCCACAAUAUGGUUGGCUGCCACCAAAGGGAUAAAGAUCCCACAAAAAGAUUUCCUGAAAGUCAAUGUCCAACGAACAUGUAAUGACAUCAUGGACUAUGUGCUGGUGCGAGUCCCGCCCCCUCUGCCGGGAUUGCCCCGCCCCCGUUUCUCCCUCUACCUCUCCUCCCAGCUCCAAUAUGGUGUCAUCAUCGUCUACCACCGCCAGUGUGGGAUGCUCCUGGAGGAGAUCCAGCACAUUCUGGACAGACUAGCCAAGACCAGAACCGCCCAGAAGAUCGAUGUGGAUGAGUCUGAUAGACACACUCUUUCUCUCCCUGACGUGUUGUCUCUCCUGGAGGAAAGUGAGUGGGCAGCGAACCCCUUCUUUGGAGAAAUACAUUCUGGGUACACCAUGCCCAGCCCUAACACACUAAUACAGCUGGGUGGAGAGUUUAGGAGAGAAGCCACUCCUGAGCGCCCCCUGCUUCUGAGUCCAGGUACUCCCCCUCAGGACGGUAUCACAGCGUCUCCAGACUCCAUCACUCUGAUAGAGACUGAACCCGUCACCAUCCCCUCAGCAGAGUUUGAAGGGGCGGAGCUCACUGAGGUCACACAUCAAAACAUGGGGAUGAUUGACUUGCUAAUGGACCAAUUAGAUCACUUCCCAGAGGGAGAGAUGGAGGCAGAGCGAGAGAGGGGCCCAGAGAGAGAAGAGAGGGAGAGAGAAGGAGAAUCUGUGGGAGAAGGGGACUUGGAGAGAGAGGGAGAAAGUGAACAAGAAGUAGAAAGAGCAGAAGCGAUAGAGAGGAGGAGAGAUGUCAUUGGAUCCCUUAUUGGACUGCCGUAUACCACCCUAUCCAGCGAGGACCCCACUGUGCUGCCUGGCGAGGAGACAGAGCUGCCCAUGGAGAUGCCUGCCGCACUCGCAGAGGAGAGGACACCAGUGUCUGUCCCUCUGCCCCCUUCCACACCCAGUGAACCAGAGGAGCGAGGGAUGGCUAGAGAGAGGGGGAGAUGGAGAGAUAGCCCCACCCUACAGGAUGUUACUCCCCCAGUGAAGCAACCUCGUAGGAGGCAGCUGCUCUUCAUCGACCAGGAAACACAGAUAUCCCAGGAGGCACUGCAGCAACAGAUAGACAACACUCUCAUACAGACCAGGCCCCUGGUUGUAAUCAAUGGUCCCUCUAAGAGAACAGUGUCUCCAGUUGAUCUCCUUGGUAACCCAUGCACCACCCUCCCUCCAGAGCUGCUGUUGCCAUGGAAACGGGUGGCGAUCGUCGCAGCGCUCACUGGCUCCGCCCUGCUGGUAGGGAGGACAGAGACAGACUCUGAGUCAGAGAGAGAGAGGGAUAAAGAGAGAGUGAUGAAGACAAAGGAGGAAAAAUCAGAGAGCAGAGAGCAGGAGGGAGAGCUCAGCUCAAAAGAGGUACCUAGAGAGUUGGCAGAGUCUGGCCUGUCCCAGCAUGAUGUUUCCACUCGGUCUCCGCUGUCCAUGGAGGUCUCUGAUAGAGACAUGUCCCGGGAGAACUCCCCCCUGGACACACCCGAGAGCAGAGGGUCUCCUGUCCCCAGGUCUGUGUCCAAACUGAAGGACAUUCCAGAGGAGGGCGAGGGACCGCUGGAGAGAGAGGCAGAGGACAUACCUAUGGCUGAUUUAUCAGCAGAGCUACUGGAUGCAGUGACAGAGCCUCUUGAGGAUCAUGAAGGGGUGCUGUUCCACUCUCUGCUGCCCCCACUGGCCCAACGCAGUAGUGUCACGCACUCAUUCUGGACCCUACUGGAGAUGGUAACUGCCAGGAGACUCUGUGUGCAGCAGGAUGAACCUUAUGGUGACAUCAUAAUUUCACCUGGACCCAACUAUGAGGAGGGGAAUGAGAGUGUGUAACACACACACACACACACACACACACACACACACACACACACACACACACACACACACACACACACACA